AUGAAUUUGUUUACAUCAUGUGUUGUUAUAUUAGCGCUUUUUGCUCUAACAGCUGCCGGCCACUCUCAUCAUGGUCAUGAUCACGGAUAUGUUGGUGAUGCUGGUGUGGCGGUUCAUUAUUCUGUAGUAACUGAACAUAAGGCUGAUAAUCAUGGGCAUGGAGGUGAAAGUGGUGGUCACGCCACGGUACAUACUUGGGGACAUGAUGAUGUUCAGAAAAAUGAAGCAUAUGCAGGUAAUGAUGCUGGUCAUUAUGGAGAUCACUAUGACGGCCAUGAUGAUGGCCACGAUCAUCAUGCUUAUCCUAAAUACGAAUUCAGUUAUGGCGUCAAAGAUCCCAAGACAGGUGAUAUUAAAAGUCAAACUGAGUCAAGAGAUGGUGACAAUGUUAAAGGCAGUUACACUCUUAAAGAAGCUGAUGGCACCACCCGUCAUGUAGAGUAUUCAGCUGAUAAACACAAAGGUUUCAAUGCUGUAGUCCAUACCUUGGGUCAUGCUCAUGCUGCACAUAAUGAAGGUCACGGCCAUGGAGGUCAAAGUCACAAUCAUGGUUAUGGUCAUGGCAAAGCUACCAGUUAUGUAAUUGUUAAGAAACAGGAAGAAAAGAAACAUUGA